UCCGUUAGGCACUGUCGUGCGUAAGCUCGCUAUCGCGAGCAGUUCGAUCGAAAGUAUCAAAACGGUCGGGCCGAGAACGCACGGGGUGGUGCGAAAGGGAUCAGCGAGCAACGGCUUUCGCCGUUGUCAGUGGAGCCACCUCGUCGUGAUUCGCGCAGGGAGACGAUAACAGGGGUGAUCGCGCACCGCAGGAGGGGUGUUAAAGAAAUCCACGUAUUGACGCGCUGCGUGGUCACGCCGGCGCAUUACCUCGGCAUAGAGAGUACAUCGUGGAGUGAAGAAGGACGAGAGAGCGGCGCGGGGAAAAACUUCCUCUCUCUCUUUCUCCGUCAUCCCUUUCCGUAUCUCCGUCUCCCUUUCUCUUGCUCUCGUGGGUCAAGCCAGAGCUUCGAUCGCUCAAUAUUCAACCCCUUGCCUCACUACACGGGAGUCUCCGUGAGAGCAGCGGCUCCUCCACAGUGGCACGAAUCGCCGCGACCGUUCCUUCCUUUGCGCCCUCGCCCGCGAAGCUGUUCGAUCGCGACCGACGUGAUCCGCCGGAGAAGGGAAGUUACCGCAGCACUCCAGAGGAACCAGCACGCGAGUGGCAGCGCGCCUCUUUCACAUUUUCUCUCUGUCGUUCUGGAAAAUUUUCACCGCAUUCUCGCACUUUUCCGGUUUUUAUCACCGUCCGAAAUCGUAGAGCGAGAUGGAGGGCAAGAAAGUCGAACAGUAUUACACUCCACCGCCGAAGCUUGGAAAAUGGGAGGGCUUUCGAGUCUUCGUCUGGAACUCCGAGACGGGACAAUUUUUAGGGCGUACCGGCGCCAGUUGGGCUAAGAUUUUGCUGUUCUACGUGAUUUUAUACGCCGUCCUAUCCGGCUUCUUCGGUGCAAUGCUCGCUGUGUUCUAUCAGACGUUGGACCCUAACGCACCUAAAUGGCAGCUGGAUAAUUCAUUGAUCGGCAGCAACCCUGGUCUCGGUUUUAGGCCUAUGCCUCCCGAAAGCAACGUUGAAAGUACCUUGAUUUGGUACAAGGCUAGCGACGAGGGUAACUACCUUCAUUGGACUAGAGAGUUGGACAAAUUCUUGGAAGAAUACCAGAAACCACCUAGUGGCACAAAUGGCGUCGAACAGAGAGUAAACUGUGAUUACGGUAGGCCAGCACCGCCAGGCAAAGUUUGCGAUGUAAAUAUGUCCUCCUGGGGACAAUGUACGAAGGCCAACAAAUAUGGCUAUAAUAAGUCCGCACCUUGCAUUUUCUUGAAAUUAAAUAAGAUAUUUGGAUGGCUACCGAAAUUUUAUAACGAUACCAACCAUUUGCCGGACUUUAUGCCGGCGGAUCUCAAGGAGCAUAUCAAGCAGGAAUCAGGCAGCAAUAGAAUGGACACCGUGUGGGUAUCCUGCGCCGGUGAAAAUCCAGCCGAUAUAGAAAAUAUGGGUGCGAUUCAAUACAUUCCACGUCGUGGUUUUCCCGGUUACUAUUUUCCAUUCAAGAAUACCGCGGGAUAUCUUAGCCCCCUCGUAGCUGUGUUCUUCGAAAAGCCCAAGUACGGAGUACUGAUCAAUAUCGAGUGCAAGGCAUGGGCGCACAACAUAUACCACGACAGAUUCGAGAGGCGUGGUUCGGUACACUUCGAACUGAUGGUGGACUAAAGCUGCUGCAGCUAAUCGCUAAUUAACAUUGCUACCAACCGCGUCCAAGUAGGAAGCUGCAAGGGAAUAGAACAGAGAGAAGACGUUUCUUUUUUUAAUCUGCCUCGUUGAUCGACCGUGAUCACACUCCGUACCAUCCGGUUUUCUAUCUGCCGACGAUACCGUUCCGGAUCAGCUUUAUUUCUUCUCUCUUGUUGUCACAUCAUCGAUUCAUUGUCUUUGUCAUAUAUUUACAACAGUCGCGAUCGCACUGUUCAUAAACAUCAUAGACUAUUAGUUGCCAAAAGAAGGAAACGGAUAAAGAAAAAAGAAGAAAAAAAAGGCGGUAUUAAACAGUAGGAGAAAAUUAACUCCACGGAGUAUAAUAGAAUGAAACAACAAUAAAAUCUGUAAUAGAAGUGCACAAAACCAAACGGAGAAGAACAAAGAUGAAACGAACAAUUCCGCACAAAAGUCGAACGGUAUCCUCCCUUAUUUCUGCCAGGGUCGUGUUACGGAGUGAUCUCGAUUGAGUGGCUAGUUGAUCGUUCGCAAUACUUAAUUCGCGCGCGCGAGAAAGAGAUUCUGCUUUAGUUUAAAGUCGAACGCCCGUUCCAGGUAGAUUUUUAAGCUUUUCGUCACACACGUCACGUUCCUUUUCACGACGACGAGCUUGGUCGAUAAGUUUUCAUAGCACCGCGAAUGAUCAAUGAUCUUAGUUCAGCCAUGUAGAUGUAUUAGAUUAGUAUGCUUUUGCCCGCGCAAACUACGAUACAUCUUGGCAUGUCGGUACGUUGAAAUUCUUGGGCAUUGGCAAAGAAAAGAGGUACCCGGUAAAUUUUAAUAGAAGACAGUAGGCACAAAGGGAUACAAGUGCAAGAAUUAGAUUCAGUACUAAUUGCUAUUAAGAGAUAAUGGUAACCGUAGCACGUUAUUAAAGAUUUUCACUGGUGCUAAUAGAGUUUCCCGAAGAAAUUAGACACAAGUGAAGAUAAAGUUAUUAUCACCCAUCAAUGUCUAUAUGUUGAAUGCAGUUACGAGUUGUGAAAAGUUACACUUUCUCCGAAAUUACUUCAAUGUUGUCAAUAUCGAUAAGAUACAGUAAAAUCCUUAACCAAUAUAAUUCUCUACAAAUUUUUGUUUAUUAAAAUACUGUUGAGUUCGAAGCGCUGAAGUAUCUGAGUCAUUAAUUUGGGAUUAGAAAUUAGUAAGAAAUUUCGAUUUUAGUAAAAACAAUGACGCUGAAGUUACCUUAAUGUCUUAAAACGUAAUUUUGCAACAUAACAUUGAUCACUGAUAAGAAAUCUACAUGUAUAACUUGGCGCGCGUACACACACACACACACACAUACACACACACGCGCGCGCGCACGCAAUCUUGUAAUAUUUGUGUGCUAUGUUUGUGUGUUAUAUAUUACAAAUUGUUACUUGUAUCCCUUUGUUUCGGGUACUUUCAACUGAUACUUAAAAUUAAGAGUUAUCAUAUUGAAAUCUACUAUGGAAUAUGAUAAAAAAAUAUUAUUACCAAAAGAAUGAGUAUUAAAAGUUUUGAUCGGUUAAAACGAUCGAUGGUUAUUGCUACCCAGUAAUAUGUUGAAUAUAUAUGAUGAUCUAGGAUUCUACAUGAUGCAUUUUUUCACGUGACCGGACUCUUGCACAACACUCGGAUUCGCAAAUUACCUAUUGAGUUUUUAAAUGUUCAAAAAUUCUAUAAAUAAUUCUAUAUUCUAUAAUCAACAAAAACUUGUACUUAAGUUUGCCGAUAUCAUGUCAUCAUAAAAAUUGUUUUAUUUAUUUAUUUAUUAAGACUAGAGUAAAUAAGUUCAAAAGUCUGGAAAUAUUGGGAAAAUAUUUAAUAAAAAAUGUUAUAAACUUAAAGAAAUUACAUGAAAUUGAAGUUUUUAAAACAAGAUUUUCAAAUAACUUAUAACUUUUAAAGCUUCCUUUUUAUCUCAUUGACUAUAAAUUCACAAGUGUAUUAAAUUCAAUUUAUUUUAGUUAUAAAUUUUCAUAAAUUUAAGAAUAAGUUUUAAUUAAAAACUUUUUAAUUUAACAUUCUAUUAGUUCAAAAAUGUAUGAAUCCAAAGAAAUUCCUCGUUUUACGAUUCGCUAAAUGAAAAAUCUGACUAAAAAUAUGCGUAUAUUUUAGAAAUUGUAACAUUAUAUUAUGUAAAAAGUCUAAGAUGACAAAAAUAGAUCCGAGUUUGUGUGUGUGUGCAUAGAUAUAUAAAAUAAAAGAAGAGAAGAUGCGUUGAGAUGCAUAAAAUAUAGAAAUACAGAUCAUGAUAUAUAGAUUUAUAUAAAGAAUUUAUGAAUUUAAAGAUUUAUGUGAUAUUAACGAUCUGUAUAUUUAAGAGUCUAUGGGCCCAAGGAUCUUAUUUGAGGAUAUACGAGGGCAAGAAUCUAUACACUCAGGAAUCUAUGAAUCAACAGCAAGAAUCAACAAGAAUCUACAGAUCUAAAGAUUUGUAUGUGGACCUAAGAAUCCAUAUUGAAAAAUUAAUGAAUACAAAAAUUUGCAAAUGCAAUCUUCUGUAAGUCCAAGGAUCUAUUAAUUUUACAAAUUAAUAUUUGAUUCGCAAUUUCACAGAUAUUUUUGCGAUCAAUCGAUAAAAACAGUAUUGCAACACCAUCAGUUCUGUAUUGAGAUAUAUUAUGAUAGUGUAAAGAAACUGUCACUCACGUUUAGUACUUAAUAAAUAAAAAGUUCUGAAUAAAACUGCUAUAUAAUUAUUAACGAAGAAAUGAAAAGCUUGUACUUAAAAAAAAUUUGAAAGAACAAUUGCGAUCAGUGAUUACUAAUUUUUAACAUAAAUAAGGUGAUAGUAUGAAAAAUGUUUAUUGAUCGUAUACUAAUAAUAUAAAAAAUGUUAAUGAUAUAUAUCAAUAACCAAAGCAUUAAAACUGUUGAUGCAUUAGCAGUAAUACUGAUCGUGAUAGUCCUCUAAGUAUGUAAAUCGAAUUUCCACCAUUGGAUUUCUGAAUGUACUUAAAUCGAAAACUUCAUCGAUUUCGAACUAAACGCGGAAAAAUUUAUAUUAAUUUUGUUAUAUGUCACGUAAUGUAGAAUUUUAAAUGCUUAUGACUUAAUUAUAUUAUAUAAUGAAAUUACUUAAUAAUUUAUUAUUAUUUUACGCAGUCUUGUGCUCUAUGAGGUAUUAAGUUUCUUCGCCGAAAAAAAUUGUAGUAUAUUUUUGCGUAACGACACACGAUAUUAUAUUCUAACAGGGGAAAAAAUACAUUCUAGAAGCUUAAAUGAUCAAAAUGUCGAAAAACGAACAUUGAAUCAUCAGUACGAAUACUUCCUAACGAAAAUAAAGCUUGCAAAACAAUGUAUCUAAUUCUGUGUACAAUUAUUUUAUGUAGUUUUAUUAGGUUAAUAUCACUGUGCGAAUAAUAUGUACUACAGUAAACAAGUAUCAGUUAUGUAAAAAUAUAGAUCUUAAAAUCCAUAAAUCUAUUAA